AUGUUCGAACAACAUAAAAUGACUGAGAAGGACAAAAAGUCCAAUUUCUCACUAAAAGUUUUUGUCAUUCUGCUAGUCUGGAUCAUCUCAGUCUAUGCAGCUGUCACCUUCAUAAGAAGUUCCGAUGAACCACCUUGUAAAUCAGAAUCUCUUCCUGUAAAACACAGAGGUGUCUGCAAAUCACCGGAAUGCAUCACAUUGGCACAUCAAUUGCACAAUUGGCGUGACGUGUCAGUGGAUCCAUGUGAAAACUUUUUCAAAGCGGCGUGCGGGAAGUACAACGAGCAUAAUCUUGAUCCAGAUGAUAGGUUCAACACAAAAAAUGAAAUAGUUGCUCGACUGAUUAAAGAAUUCCUCGACAAGAGCCUACCAUCUACUUCGAAUUCUGAAAAUGCUAUGCAUUUUCUAUAUCAAAAAUGUGAGGAAUCAAAUAAGCUUAACGCUACUGAAAUCGCCGAUCAGGAAGCAAGGUCUCAGCUGGAAUUAAUCAGGAGAAUCGGUUUGGCUCCAAUUUUGGAAAGGAACUGGAAUGAAUCGGAUUUUGACUUGAAUGAUAUGAUGGCUAGAAUCGGAGAACUCGGCAGGAAUCAGUUUGGACUUUUUCUAUUCGUGAUACUAAAUGAAACACUGAGACUAAUUAAUGAAAGACCAGAUGCUGAUCAGAUAGGUAGAGAUGUUAAAGAUGUGAUAAAGUUGAAUAAAGAGUUGCAAGAGCCCAAUACAAAUAUUUCCGGCGGAAUACAUUUAUCCACAGUCCAAAAAUAUAUUCCGAGUCUUGACUUCACCAGAAUAGUUAAAAGUCGUAUUGAUCCGAGAAGAAAAGAAGAAGUUUGGGAGAGAAUUCAGAACAAAACAGUGGUACUAAUAGACGCGUUGUAUUACAGUGAUCGGAAGAAAAAUGUGGUUAUGAAAAAACUGCCACUUGCUGCUCUCCGAAUGUUUGCUCGCAAUCAUUUUGACAAGGAGAAUCUUCAAAUUGCUUCCGAUAUGGUUGAGGAUGUUAGCGAAAGUUUUGUUGAAACUAUUCAAGAAUCCUCAUGGCUUCAUGAGACGACAAAACAGAGAGCUAUCAAGAAAGUGAAGAAUAUGAAGAAAGUUAUUGGUUAUCCGAAAGAAUUGGAGGCUCCGGACACGUUGGAUAGAUUUUUUGAAUCAUCUAUGAAUCACUUCGCUGCGUUGUUCCCAUUUGAAUCUGAAUUUCAUUAUUUGAUCACCAAUGCCAUGUACCAUUCCACAGUCAAUAAAUUAACUCUAAAUGUUGCUUUCUUGGACGAUCCAUUUUUUGAUUCGACAUAUCCAAAAUAUGCAAAAGUGGCGAGUAUUGGAGAAGUGAUUGGUCAUGAAAUAGGUCAUGGCUAUGAUCCAUUUGGAAGACAGAAGGAUGAAAAUGGAAAGGAAAACAACUGGUGGACACCUGAAGAUUCAGCAGAAUAUGAUAGAAGAACUCGGUGCCUGAUCAAUCAAUACAAUGAGUAUGACGAUCCAGAUUUUGGGAGAAAUAAUUGGUGUAGCUCUCGAUCUGAAACAUCGUUGACAAAACAGUUGACAUUAGCACAUCCAACUAAUAGCUUCCGUGUAAAUGGCGUGUUUUCCAAUAUGAAGUCUUUCGCGGAAGCAUUCAAUUGUCCAGUUGGAUCACCAAUGAAUCCGGAGAAGAAGUGCCAAGUCUUUUGA